UACUAGCAAGUUUAUGUAGCAGUGCGCGUGUGCGCUACAGCCUUACGGUACAGGCUUCAGUCGGUUUCAGGAGUCGAGCGAACACGCCGCCCUAUCCGCCCGCCCGCCCAAAAGUUCGUGAACACAUCUGCCCAAAGUUUUCGUGAUUCAGUGCUCUGUAUUUCAGUGAAUAUUUCGUGUGUUUGUGUGAUUUGUUUCUGUGAAUGGUACAGGGACAUAUUACACCAGCCAAGUCACCUCAAUGUACUGGCACAAUGGAUACGAGGACUACCCGUGCAGCCGAACACAACAGAUGAACGAAAAUGUUUCACAAAAUAAAAAUUGAAUACAAUAAAUGACAGGAUGGAAGAUUUAUGAAUAAGUUAAUCGCGCGAGAGAAUUCGAUAUGGACGAACACAACUACCAAUUCGUAAUACAGAAAUAAACAAACAGAGCAGGAAAACAACAUACCAGACAAAACAACAACAGCUCCGGACGAUGUAGAUGACGACAACAUUAGAGAAGAGCUUCGAAUUGAGCUCUAAAAUGAAUCACCAGGGGGAGCUGAUAAAAAACAUGACAAUACCGAAACUAUGCACGGACGAAUGCGAGAAUUCGUCGAAAAUAUCGUUCGAAGUGAAGCCGCCUGACCCCAACACUACGUUCUUUUAUCGACAUUACAUCGAUACGAACAAUUCCGAGUCGGAAUUUAACAUCGACUAUUUCAACGAAACAUUCAGUGAUUCGAAUUGUACGUUCAGAAACGGGACGUGUAGUGAUGUGGACUAUAAUUUCUGGGCGCUCUCGUUGUUAGUGUUUCCUCUAUUGACUUUGUUCGGGAAUGUGCUUGUGAUACUUAGUGUUUCGAGAGAAAGGAGUCUGCAAACAGCUACGAACUAUUUUAUCGUGAGUCUGGCUGUUGCUGACUUGCUCGUGGCUGUGGUUGUGAUGCCGUUCGGAGUUUAUUAUUUGUUCAACCACGGAGUGUGGGGCCUGCCGCCGGUGGUGUGCGACUGCUACAUCGCCAUCGACGUCAUCUGCUCCACCUCCAGCAUAUUCAACCUGGUCGCCAUCUCCGUAGACAGAUACAUAGCAGUAACACAGCCAAUCAAAUACGCGAAGCACAAAAGCAACGCACGCGUCUGGUCGAUGAUUGGCGUAGCGUGGUUGGUGUCCGGUGCGAUUGGCUCGCCGAUCGUGCUGGGCCUCAACAACACGGCAGACAGGCGGCCCGGCGACUGCCUGUUCAACAACAAGGACUAUGUUAUAUACUCGUCCCUGGGAUCCUUCUAUAUUCCUUGCAUCAUUAUGAUGUUUUUGUAUUAUAAUAUUUUUAAGGCAAUACGACAGAGAGCGAAAAAGCAGCGAAUAGCAAAGAAGACGUCCGCGGCGAUAAGUUCCGCGGUGUCGAGCGGUACCGCGGCGGUAGUGAUAGAGAACGUGGCGCAGACGCACCGGCUGGACGGCUGCAUGAAUGACGCGCCCACCAACACCGCGUCGGGGAGCAAUGAGGAUGAAGACGAUGAUAACUUCGCGAAGUCCGAGAUGGGGGCGUACGCGGAGGAGCUGGUGAACACCAGGUCGGCCAGGUUCAUGCUGGCUGCCGUGGUGGAGGAGACGGGAUUAAUAAUGGCGAACCUAGCGUCUCCCAUCCCAAUGAUGGACCCCAACACCAACAACGACUCAGGGUACGCUCCCUCCAACAUAGAUGGUGAGAAGGAACACACCCCACCAGCCUCUCCUACUAAUAAAGAAGAGAAGAAGACAGAAGAUAACGCUGAACUACCUAAGAAGCCGGAGUUAAAAAAGAAACUGAGCCGACUAAGCAACACCUCCUUAAUUUCAACUCCUCGGAGGCGGUUCAGGAGUGCAGCCUCAGCCGCCAGGUUCACCAUCUUCAGAGCUAACAGGGCUGGCAAACUGCGAGCCAAGUCCUUCGCCAAGAAAGAGAAGAAGGCUACUCAGACACUCGCCAUUGUUUUAGGCGUCUUCCUCUUCUGUUGGGCUCCAUUCUUCAGCUGCUCAGUCCUGGACGCAAUGUGCUCCAAGUUCGGUCUUCCCUACUCUCCCGGAGUAACGGUGUUCAUCCUGACCACGUGGCUGGGCUACAUCAACUCGUUCCUCAACCCCGUCAUCUACACCAUCUUCAACCCUGAGUUCAGGAAGGCGUUUAGGAAAAUACUCCAUUGCGGCACCUAGCCCUUAGAUUACUACGUAGUUUACGACUAAACUUGUGUUUGGACUCGCUCAAGAUUUAUCUAGCAACUGCAACAACAUGUCUAUCUCCUAAUUCUGUUUUCUUACUAAAUUAGACCAAAAAUGAAUGUACAGUUAUAUCAAUGGCAACAAUCGAUAUACCUAAAUAUCAAAGUUACUCUUUAUUUAUGUUAUUUUCUUCUACAGUUACAAUAGUAAAGAGCAACCCUUAAAAUUGGUUUUAGGUUCGAAAAAACUAUGACAAACAUGGUUAAUAACGGCUGUGAUUGGCGAAAAUCUUAAUUGAAGUUAAACAUCAUCUUUUCUGAAAGACUACAUUUCAUUGUACUUUCUUUUUAUUAGAAUUUUAAUUAAUUAAAAAUUAUUAUAAAUAUCGAAGCUUAAUUCCCCAACCCCAUCAAGUACUACUUGACUCCAAAUUGCUAAGUUUUAAAUCAGGAUCCGCCAUUUUGAUUCGGUCCACAUAAGAUGGCCACGACAAAAUGGCGUUUUGUAAAUAUUUGUUUUUAUAAAUUGUCUGAGCUCAAGUUGAGAACUACGUAGUUUAUCUAAGGUACUAUUAGUGGAAUAUUGCUUUAGUAUGUAUAUUCAGCCAAAUUAUUUAGUAUGCAGAAAAAAUUAAGACAGAUUCAAUACAGAGACAGUAACUAUUGGUUGACUGAGGCGACCAAUGGUUACUAAAGAUAUGGCUAGGUUAUAAAUUGUACUAUAUAGCAUAGAAACAGCCCCCAGAGUUCUCAGAAUACCGGCUCCGAGUAGGAGUAGGAAAAGGGUGAUUUUUCUGACACUCUCUCGCCUAACUAAAGGCGGGUGAGAAAUCGGAUGAUUUUGGCCCCUCAAAAAAGUAAGUAUAGAAAUGGUUUUUUUUUAUUGAUUAAUUUAUCUGUACUGAAUUAUUUUUUUUAACUGCAUACUAAAUAGUUUUGCUAUACUCUUCUAAUGUAUCCGUCUGAGUAGGAUAUAGGAUGGUGUCUUAAAGAUACUCUUUCUAAAUAAAACUUUCUUUAUAAGUACAGAGGGCUUAGUACGAGAUUGUUUUACGUUUAACAAGAUCGCGCAAGACCGCGUUCGUUCGCUCUGAUUGGCCUGCUCCAAUGAACCAACCAAUCAGAGCGCCGAACGUAAAACAAACUCGUACUAAGCCCUCAGACAAAGUGAAGAAACAUUUGUAAAUACUAAUGAUAUUAUUAAACGGUCAAUUUAAUAAAUUAAUUUAAUAGAAAAUGUAUAAUCGUAUAAAAGUUAUUGUAGUAGUAUUUAAAAUACGCAUUGAUUAUAAAAUGUAAAUAGAAUACUCGAUAUCCAUGUUAAUAGGCUGUUUAGAAAAAUUAUGCAAGUUUUCCUUUUUACUUAGAGCUGCUCAAGCAGUUACUCAUUGAUUCACAUUAAAGGUACGCGCCUUGCAUUAUACGCAUCACACGCGAGGAUUUUAGUUUGUCUCGUAUAGAAACUCGUGCUACUGCGGACACUGAUCCGCAU